ACUGCCUCCAGGAAAGCUCCGAGGCUCCUCCUGGGCACCCCCACCCGGGGCACCGCAGGGGUUAACCUCCUGGGCACCCCCACCCGGGGCACCGCAGGGGUUAACACCCGCGGCUCCCUGACCAGGGCAGGUCACCUGGACGGCAGCCCAGCUGGCCUCAGUUCUCCGACCCAGGUCCAGGUGGGUGGAGGCUGGGGCGGCGCGUGGCAGGCGCCCGGCGGACAUUCAGUGCGAGCUUCCUCCGGCUGCUGGCCCGCGGGCACCACCAGGAGCCAGCCCGGCCCGCCAUGGGGCUGUCCUGGAAGGAGAAGGUCUUCAUGGCCCUGCUGGCGGCUGCAGCGGUCUCGGGCCUCACCACGCUUGUUCUCAUCCUGGUGGAAGCCACCAACGUCCUCCUGCCUGCAGGCACCAAGUUCGGGAUGGUGUUCGACGCCGGCUCCUCUCACACGUCGCUCUUCGUGUAUCAGUGGCCAGCAGACAAAGAGAACAACACGGGCGUGGUCAGCCAGGCGCUGGCCUGCCAGGUGGAAGGGCCUGGAAUCUCCUCCUACGCCACCGACCCUGCGGCGGCGGGCGAGAGCCUGCAGGGCUGCCUGCAGAAGGCACUGGCACAGAUCCCGGAGGCCCAGCUGCGGGAGACGCCCCUGUUCCUGGGGGCCACGGCGGGCAUGAGGCUGCUCAGCCAGAAGAACAGCUCUCAGGCCAGGGACAUCUUCGCAGCUGUGUCCCGGGUCCUGGGCCAGUCCCCUGUGGAUUUCCAGGGCGCCGAGCUCCUGGCGGGGCGGGACGAAGGCGCCUUUGGCUGGAUCACCAUCAACUACGUCCUGGACGUGCUGGUCAAGUACUCCUCUGCUGGGAAGUGGAUCCGGCCCCCGGAGGGGACGCUGGUGGGCGCCCUGGACCUGGGCGGGGCCUCCACCCAGAUAAGCUUCGUGCCUGAGGGCCCGGUGCUGGACGCGAGCACUCAGGCCUCCUUCCGCCUGUACGGCUCCACAUACAGCAUCUACACUCACAGCCACCUGUGCUUUGGGCGCGACCAGGUGCUCCUCCGGCUGCUGGCAGGGCUGGUGCAGAGAAGCCCGGCUGGCCCGCUCCGCCACCCAUGCUACCACAGCGGCUACUGGGCCACGCUGGCCCCGGGCGCCCUGUACGAGUCUCCGUGCGUGCACACCACAGCCCCCCGGAACCUGACCCAGAACCUCACGGUGGAAGGCACGGGCGACCCUGGGGCCUGCACGGAAGCCAUCCGGGAGCUCUUCAACUUCUCCAGCUGCAAGGGCCAAGCGGACUGCGCCUUUGAUGGGGUCUACCAGCCCCCCGUGCGAGGCCCCUUCUACGCCUUCUCCAACUUCUACUACACCUUCCGCUUCCUGAACCUCACCUCCAGACAGCCGCUGGGCACCGCCAACGCCACCAUCUGGGAGUUCUGCCGGAGGCCCUGGAAGCUGGUGGAGAACAGCUACCCAGGGCAGGAGCGCUGGCUUCGGGACUACUGUGCCUCGGGUCUGUACAUCCUCACGCUCCUGCUGGAGGGCUACGGGUUCAGCGAGGAGACCUGGCCCAACAUCGCGUUCCGCGAGCAGGCCGGCGGCACUGACAUCGGCUGGACGCUGGGGUACAUGCUGAACCUGACCGGCCUGAUUCCGGCCGAGGCGCCGGCCCAGUGGCGGGCACAGAGCUACGGCGUCUGGGUGGCCGGAGUGGUGUUUGUGGUGCUGACCCUCUCGGCCAUCCUUGGGGCUGUCGCCGUGCAGCUCCUCUGGCCCCACGGCUAGUGGGCACCCCUGACGUUGGGGGCCCCGCUCUGCUACAGAGGCCGGUGGUGCCUGUGGCCCCCGCCCCCUCCCAGGCCUUCCCAGGGCAGCAGGGUCUUUCUGCACAAACCCAGGCUGCCCGGACCCCCGAGGGCGCCCAGCUGAGGCAUGGGGAGUGGGAGCAGGCCGGCCAGCUGGGCUCCUGGCUGUCCUUGGUCCUCAGCAGCCCCUCCCGCCCUCUCAGGCGCCCAGCCCAACACUCGGACGUGUGGUGUGGGGGGGUUUUAUUAAAGCU